GUUCCUCUCACACUGUCUCCAUGCUGUGGAUAUCUAUCAUGACUAGUUAACCCUACGAUGAACAUCUAGUCAACACCGGUCGUUCCUUGCUUUACGAUAGCUUCACAAGCCUUGCUGAUGGACGCAUCAAAUUUUAGUGCAGUCGCAUAAACGAUCGCCGGAACGCCGAUGUAUCGAAAUCAACAUCGUGGCUGGAAUUCGAAGAUAUAAGGUGGCCAGAGCUCAAGAGUGCACACAACCUUUGUACGAUCUCUUUCAUUCAUUUUGCUAUUAUUCUUUGUCGCAGAAGGUCAAAUCAUGCCCUCGGACUACUAUGCGGGACUGGAUAAUGAAUUCCGGAACGUCAAGAGGCAUAUUCUUUCUUAUGAGAGAGAUGGCGUUCGAUUGCAGUUCUACGCAACAAAUGUCCUCCUUUAUACACACCCCAGGACGUCUCAGGAUCUCACUUUGAUUGUUUGCCAUGGGCUCGCCAUGAACCCAGCAAUGUAUUUCCCCACAUUAAAGUAUCUGAACCAACUUAUCGUACAAUCUGGGUCUCUCCUACGCCUGAGAUCCAUUUGGUUCGUGGAACAUGCCAACCAUGGAGAUUCGGCAGUGCUCAAUGAAGCUCUUCUCAAAGAGCACUUCUCCGACCGCUUUCCACUCACAUACUAUGGCGUCGGCAUCGUAACUUUGCUCGACUCCGGGUUGCUAGAUCCUACGGAUCCUAACCUGAUACCAAUCGGUCAUUGUGGUGGAUCUGGUGGGGUGAUUUUCGCAGCCAAGAUGCUACGCGACAGAGGUACACCAUUCAGACGAAUCGUUCUCCUUGAACCGACUCUCUUCGACCUCGACAUUGAAGAGAACUUCAAAGCUUUAGAACAACGUGUCCGGAUCGCAAAUCGGAAGCGACCACGAGUUUGGCCGACUGUCGAAGACGCGAUGGCGUAUCAUCGCAAUCGAGUUCCGUGGAAGCUUUGGGAUCCUGAGGUCCUUGAGCUGAUGAGUAAGACCGUAUUUUGGCCUGCUCCAGGUGGUGGUGUAACACAGAAGACGACCUAUGAACAGGAAAGUGCAUGUUUUGAGUACAAGGAACCACUUGAGACUGGACAAGUGCUCCUCGGGCUUGUGACAAAUACUCCAGUACACAUGGCGUUAGGUGAAAGACCGGAUAUGUGGACGGAGGAAAUGUAUGCAAGUCAACGUCGGAUAGUGGCUAAGAUGAAGCCUUCCCUUGCUUCAUUUUCCGUUAUUCCUGGUGCCGGACACUACGUUGUCCAAGACAAUCCAAAGGGGAGUGCCCAGAUCAUCUUCAAUAUCCUGCAAUUGGAGUAUGGCAAACGCCAGCCCGCGACAAGCGUGCAAGCAAGGCUAUGACCCUGCAUACUGCCAAUGAAAGGGCCUAUUCUAAUCCUGCAUACCGAACAUCUGCGUUAUUCUCUAGCCAUGACAUCCAUUUCUUCAGGUAAGGACUCCCGUGCUGGACAGUCGAUGAAUCGCCGAUGACGCACUGAAUCGUCAAGGUCAAUAUUGAAGGAAUAGAAUCGAAACGCAAUGACACUCACCAGAUGUCGUUUGGCUCGAGUCAUUGCCACUGAACAUUGAUACGUUUACAUAUGAGUCGAACGGUAUUCAGGUAGAUGAAAUUUGAGCUCACCGUUUAGUCGCCGCUUGUCCUUCAAAAAGCCAACUUCACGCUGCGAGAUGCUUGGGAUUAGUCCUCGUGAGAAUGACAGCGUCAGUUGGGAACCUACGUCUUCGUUGGAGCGGACAAGAGAGAUGAUGACAGCGUCUUUCUCCCGUCCUUGCAUACCGUCUACAGUGCCUAUCUCCAGAUCGAGGCCAUAUAUUGGCCGCAUAAGUGACGUCAAUAACGAUACUUGCGCUUGAUAACUACCAACGAGUCAGUAAUAUAGAUGAUGAUUGAAUCAUGUAACGUACGGAGUAAUGAUGGCUAUUUGAGAGGGUAGAACACCGGCUG